CUUUGUGGUGUGAUUAAAACCUUGUGGGCACAGACAUUGUUGCAGACUAUACUUGGCUGAUGCCCAAAGUGAUUAGAGCGGAGUGAAAAUCAUGUGCAGGUUCCUCCCUGCCGUGUGUGUCAAAUGGCCGGAAGGGGCUAAGGCAAAAGCAUCCACAGUGCAGUUUCGCGUAGUUAUUGCAAUAGGUUUUCAAGGGGGACCGACACCGACCGCAUUCACCACCGCCAGUACACACACCCCUCAGCGCCGGUGAUGCAUCCCCGCGGCAAGGGCACGGACAACUCCUCACCAGAGUCGCCUCGACUUUAGAAUGGUGCAGAAAUCUCUCAACGGCGGGGUUUACCCAACUCAAGCCGGAGAGAAGAAGCACAAAGUCGGGUUCGUGGGUCUGGACCCCGGCGCUCCCGAAUCCAACAGGGAUGGGGCGCUGCUCAUUGCGGGUUCGGAGAGCACCAAGCGGAGCAGCAUCCUCUGCAGACCCAGGUCCAGCAUCUCCGCCGGCAGACCCAGACCGUCCAAGAAAAAUGCCAGCUAUCGGAAACUACAGAAUUUCCUUUAUAAUGCGCUGGAGAGACCACGGGGAUGGGCGUUCAUCUACCACGCUUAUGUCUUCCUCUUGGUCUUCUCCUGCCUCAUCCUCUCAGUGUUUGCCACCAUCAGAGAGUUCAAAAACAGCUCAGAGAGUGCCUUGUACAUCCUGGAAAUUGUGACCAUCGUGGUUUUUGGAGUGGAGUACAUUGUAAGGAUAUGGGCUGCUGGCUGCUGCUGUCGAUACAGAGGAUGGAGAGGGAGGCUCAAAUUUGCCAGGAAACCUUUCUGCGUCAUAGACAUCAUGGUGCUGAUCGCCUCAGUGUCUGUGCUGGCAGCAGGAUCUCAAGGCAACGUGUUUGCCACCUCGGCCAUCAGGAGUCUGAGAUUCCUGCAGAUCCUGCGUAUGCUGCGUAUGGACCGUCGUGGAGGCACCUGGAAGCUGCUGGGAUCUGUAGUAUAUGCUCACAGCAAGGAGCUCAUUACAGCCUGGUACAUCGGCUUCCUCUGCCUCAUCCUGGCUUCAUUCCUGGUCUACUCUGUGGAGAAGGAGGAAAAUAAGGAAUUUGAAACGUAUGCAGAUGCACUUUGGUGGGGGCUGAUCACUCUCACCACUAUUGGUUAUGGAGAUAAGGUUCCCAAGACCUGGAAUGGUCGCUUGCUGGCAGCCACAUUCAGCAUGAUAGGAGUGGCCUUCUUUGCACUUCCUGCGGGCAUCCUGGGUUCUGGAUUUGCCCUCAAAGUCCAAGAGCAACAUAGGCAAAAACAUUUUGAGAAGAGGCGUAACCCUGCAGCAGGCCUCAUUCAGGCUGCUUGGAGGUUUUAUGCUACCAACCUUUCCCGCACAGAUCUGCUGUGCACUUGGGAUUUUUAUGAGCAGACUGUAGCUGUUCCAAUGUACAGACUUAUUCCACCCCUGAACCAGCUGGACCUGCUGAGGAAUCUGAAGGGCAAAUCUUUCAGGAAGGAGUCUCAGACAGAAACCUCUCCCAGCCGGAAGGCCAGCCUAAAGGACAAGGUGUUCCCCAGUCCUUCCAAGGCUCCGGUGGCUAAGGGGAAGGCUCAGUCUCCGGGGGCAGAGGACGGGGCAGAGGGCAGCCCCAGCAAAGUCACCAAGAGCUGGAGCUUCACCGAGAAAAACCGAGGGCCAAAGCAUGCCUUCAGGGUCCGCGGCAGCACCUCACGACAAAACUCUGAGGUGCUGAUUGAAAUGCAGGAUGAAGACUUUGGACGGAAGAGUUCUCCAGCAAUUGAAGGUUUAAUAAAGGCCAGCCUUCCAGGAGAGGAGAUUGGUGAUGAUAAGAGUUGCCACUGUGAGUUUCUCACUCAAGAAUUACCACCUGGAUUGAAGGUUACAAUAAGGGCAAUCUGCAUCAUGAAGUUCCUGGUGUCAAAGAGGAGGUUCAAAGAGAGCUUGCGGCCGUAUGAUGUCAUGGAUGUGAUUGAGCAGUACUCUGCAGGUCACCUGGACAUGCUGUCUCGUAUUAAGAACCUACAGUCCAGAGUGGACCAGAUAGUUGGUAAAGGUCCCAAACCUGAAGGAGAGCCUGCAGAUGACCAGAGCAUGAUGGGACGUCUGGUCAAAGUGGAAAAACAGGUCCUCUGUAUGGACAGGAAACUAGAUUUCCUGGUUAAUGUGUAUGUGCAGCGUAUGGGCAUCCCUCGCUCUGAAACAGAGGCCUUUUUCAACUCCAAAGAGCCGUAUCCAGCCCCACCUUACCACAGCCCAGAGGAAAGCAAGGAGGAGAAGGAGGGAAAGGAGGGGGUGAAGGAGGAAAAGGAGGUGAAGACAUGUUCAGCAGGAGAAGUCCUGUGCUCAGAUGCCUCCUUGGAAAAGAAGGAUCCUUUACUGGGUCGGUCGGUGCCGAGGUCAGUGGGUACUCCAUCCGGCAGCCACAGCCGGCCCUCGACCUCCUGGCAGCACCAGCUGCAGCAUCCACUCAGCCAACCUGCCUGGAACAGCAGUGUGGCUAACACCCCUUCACCGGUGGGAGGCAGCGGAGACCACUCCCCCACCCUGUUCCGUCUCCCCCCUCCACCCGCUCCAGUUCAUGACCGUUCCUCAUCCGGUCCAGGUGGCAGUGGUCGAGACAGCGGCUCCCAGAGCAGGAGGCGCCACAGGAGGCAGCAGUGUCAGCAGGACGCCACCGCCGUGGAGAGCGACACAUCCCUCUCCAUUCCAUCUGUUGACCACGAGGAGCUGGAGCGCUCCUUCAGCGGCUUCAGCAUCUCCCAGGCCAAGGAGGACUUCUUUGGGCCAUCUUUCUUUACUGGCUCAGGAGGAGGGGGAGGAGGAGGAGGAGCUGGAGCUGGGACUGAAGCUGCAGCUGGACCUUCGCUCUGCGUCAGGGUCAGACCGUUCAUAGCAGAGGGCGAAUCAGACACAGACUCUGACUUGUACGCUCCCUCACCUCUGUCCUUCACUGGAGAGGUCUCAUGUGGGGAGAGGGGCUGGCCCGGACUCAAAUAGUCCAGACAAGACCACUCUGACUGGCUAAGCAGAUCCUGGUGAAAAGGGAUCAGGGCUUCAGGUGCCAACAAGAGUCCUGUCACGAGACCUUGUGCAACCCCAAUAGGAUGACUAGGAUUAGUGGUUUAUUACAGAAGACAGUGAAGACUUGUCCUCACCCUUUAUCAACUUUUCCAUUUCUGGUGUAACCCUUUACAAGCAAUGCUUACCUACAGUGCAUUGUACUCAUGAUGUAGAUUAACAUAAGUAGAUAGAAAGGAAACUGAGUUCAGAUUGGGAUAUGUUUGGUUUUAUUUAAUAUUGCUGAAGAAAUUGACUUGAUUCUCAAAAUCUAAAUGAGUGUGUGUAUCUGUAUACAGCACUUAACAGUAAAAUAAGUGCUUUCUCUAUUUCUGCAGUGUGUGUAUGUCACCACUUUUCUUUUAAACAAUGACCACCAUAAAACACCCAAAAACAUAGUGGGAGUAAGCAAUGCAAGAUUGUUCCAGUUUUCCCAUGAGCCCGUUUUCCCGUAUCUCAAUAACAUCUAUACCUUUGAAUGACCUGAGGUGUAAUGAUGCCAAAACCAUAGCUAUGAUAAUCAAUUAGAUUCUUGUAGAGUAAAAAAAAAAAAAAGCUUGCUUUCCAGCGUCAUUAAUUCAGCCUGAUGUUACUACAGAAGAAGUCCCUUUGAAAUAUAGCAGAUACCUCACCAGUGAACGUCCCGCAUGGCAUGUUAAAAGAUUGAUUUAAAUACCAUGUUCAGCAGGCUAAAACACCAACAUCUACAGGCAAAAAUUCAGCAGAAAAACUCCACAAGUGUUUUUCUUCUAUCCAGACAAAUAGAACGGAAAUGUGCAAGCAUGACUGGUUCAAGCUGUAAUGUGUUCAUUUCUGUAAGGGGCUUUGCUUGAACACCGAUCAUGUAAAUGGCUUGCUAAUUUUAAUGGCUCUUCUUUUCUGGGUAAAUAUGUUGUUAAAUUCUGUACACGUUGAAUGCAAAUGCAGAUGUAAUGCCAUGUAUUACAUAAUGAGCUUAAAAGGACAUUAGCUCACAGAUUUUGUAAUGUUCUCUGUCUUGUAUUAGGAUGGAGUAAAGCAUAUUGGAUCUUUGGUUUUUUUGCAUAUGUUGCUCAGACUUGAUGGUUUUGUAAAGCCUGCGGUGCAUAUGCCAGUUGUUUAGAGUCCCUGCUGCUAUGUCAGUCCUGCACUAAAUGAGGUAAUGCAAUAAAGAGCAAACAAGGCAAUCAACAACCAUCAUCCUUUGCAAACGCUAACACACACUUUUGUUUCACCACCACAAUCAUUGCUUUUUAUUUCAGUAUCUUAAAAACUACUUCAGUUUUCAAACAUUUCA